CAACACUGGUCUGCUCCUACUCUAACAGCGCUGUGCGCCGUCGCUGCACUGGAGUCUAGGGGAGAGACAGGCACGGGUAACAGGCUCUUAACAAAGAGGGUUUAAUAAAGUUUGGAAGUAAAGGACGAUUGAGGCAGAGGCGGGAGGAUAUUGCGAGGGUAACAUCAGCAAGUUUUGACAUCCUCCCAUCUCUCCCCUAGUUCUCUCCUGCACGCAGACAUCUUCACCCAUUUCAAAUGUGCCUCUUCUAACAGUCCCAUCAGCAUUAACUAAACCAAGUUCUCAUCACCAAAGAGUGCUAACCACAAAACGGAUUUCAUAAACACAUUCACACACACCAGCAUUCCAACAUUCCAAAAGAACGAAUUCCGAAAACAGUUCAGCAGAGCCAUAGGUUGUUGCGUAAACACAUCAUGGCCUCUGUCACCAAAUCCUCUAACCCCGAGAUCCCCGAUAAUCACAAGGAGAGCUGGCUGGCGCUGCUUGCUGCCGCUGAGGCUUACAGUCAGACGUCCGGUUGUGAUUUGGCGAUUUUGACCGCGUAUAAGAAGUUCCGUCCUCCCGGUGUUGAGGUGAAAGGAACAAGGAAUCAUGAAGCGGGUGGAACUCAGGUGCGGAAGUUUGAUUAUGCUUAUCAUGUUUGGGGAUCAGGGGCUCUAGCUGAGUCGUCACGGCGAUACAUGGAUGACAUCGCAGUUCUGCACUCCACCACUGUACUGACGGCUCAGAGACACACGCGUCUGAAUACGGAGGAAGGAGGAGCCAAACUGGGUGUGGAUGUGCCGUCUGACAGGCUGAGCUUGACUGGAGAUAGAGUCGGGACUGUUAGUCCCAACAUGAGGCUCUAUUCUCAGAGCUACCCGUCUAUCUACAGCUCGGCCACUGCCAUUGGCCAGCCAGGCGGUCAGCAUGGGAACGGAGAGUGUGACAGGGAGAAAGCGGUGAUGGAGGAACGUGAGAAGGCAAGAGAAAGGACGGAAAUUGCGGACUUGGAGGAAGAUGAUGAGGAAGAGGAGGAGGAGGAGGAAGAAGAAGAUUUGGAUGGGAGGAGACGUAACCUAAAUGAAUCAGCAGGUGUCUUUUCAAUGGAUGAGGAUUCUCUGUCCCGGGACUGCGAGCCCUUCUUUGAGUCUGAUGGGGAGGAGGAGAGCACUGACGGCUCUCUGAGUGAGGAAGCUCCUCCCCCUCCACGUGGCCUGGCAGUAGGUCACCUGGCAUCUCGCUAUUCUAAGCCCAUGGCAAUGGCUCGUUCACUGCCUGUCUCUAUACCAGUGUGGGGCUACAGGAACAAUCAUGCCCCUCAGGGCGACUCCCAUAGUGGAGAACGGGUGGGCUGUACAGACCUGGACCACAUAGCUGCUAGUAUGAAAGCCCUGCUGGUCCCUGGAGCCACAGAUGGAACGGAGAUGUUUGGAGCACUGCCAAGACCUCGCCUUAACACGGGCGACUUCUCUCUCAAGCACUGAGAGAAGACUAAUGUGUGCGUAUGUAUGUUUGCGCGUGAAUGAGAAGAGGUGGGGGACCGUGAGCAUGUUUGUGUGCGAAAGUGAUUUGAACAGAACUGGAGAGUUUGAUGGAUGUUUUUAACAAAGAUGUUGCCAAAUCUGAAGCUUCUCCCACAUAUCAUUAGUACUUCUACGGCUCUGAAAGUGGCGAAACCUUUACCAACCCUUCACAUCUGCAGCAGGAGGAGGAGAGGUUUGAUUAGCAUGUCUUAAUUGGAGAACUUUUUUUUGGCGGAUGGUUGUGGCAGACUUUGGUUACAUAGUGCAUUUCAUUUAGAAACACUAACAGAGCAAAAGUACAUCAUUACAUUACUAAUCAUACCCAGUAACUGUCCUCUGCAGUGUGGGAUUUACUGAUAGUAUAUGAGCCUGUUUACACGCUGAGAUACUCGCACAUCCAUCACCAGAGGAGCAUUGUAGAUUAGCAAACACUACAUGUACUUGGAUAUAAAGACUGCUGCAUUCAGAUGUGAAUUCAGUAGUUUAUAUUCCAUGGCAAGACUGCCAAAGCUGACUAGAUGUUAAUGUGAAUGCUUGCAAAUGAUGUCACUCUCUGCCUGUGUGCACUCGUUUUUAUUUUAGAUACUGUCCUGAAGACUCUCUAAAUCAAUGCUUUGUAAAGCAAAAGACUAUGAGAGGGCAAAAAGUUUCGGUAACACGAAUGUUUGGGAUUUCUCACCCAUAAAUUACACGUUUCUGCAUUAUAACUGAUUAAAAUAACUGAUACGAAUGCAGAAAUGCGAAUUGUGUCAUUGUUGAUUAGUAUGAUAACUUCUCCAAUCUUGAUAGACUGAAGGAUAUUUCGAAUAUGAGGGUUUACAACACUACAGAUGUCAACCAGCUAUGCGUUCAUCUUAAACAUUUCACAACUGUUCAAUGUUUAAGUAAAUACGUUUUGAAUAAACAAAUUGUUUGGUGUUGA